AUGAGAAUCGGCUUAUCAGUAUUAGUUUGGGUGCUUAUCCCAUUAGCACAUGCCUUUUCUCUUUGGAGUUUGGGCUCAAAGCAAGAUUUGUUGCAUCUCGACGAUAAUGAGUUUGGUAAACCAUAUGCACACAUACGUCCUAAAGUUGUCAUAGUAUCCAUGUUCACCUGGGAACAAAUCCCUUGGUUUGAAGCAAUCGAUUUCCACCAUAAUGUAACUGUUCCGGGAAUGUUUUAUCUCUUCCCUCAUGUCAGAUGUAACAGAGAUUACAGCAUCUGUCAGCUAACCACCGGUGAAGGAGAUAUCAACGCUGCCUCAACAUUAACAGCAUUUGCAUUAUCGCCCAAGUUUGAUUUGUCUAAGACUUAUUUUCUUAUAGCGGGUAUAGGUGGAGGUGAGCCACAUCUCACCACUUUGGGCUCAGUGACAUUCGCUAAGUAUGCUAUCCAGGUUGCCUUAGAACACGAAGUUGCAUAUCAAGAUUAUAGUGAAGCACAUCCUGAUUGGCCCGUUGGGUAUUUUGCCUAUGGGUCCAAAGAUCCGUGGUCGUAUCCUGCGAAUGCAUACGGAACAGAAGUGUUUGAAUUGAAUGAGAAUCUUCGAGAUAGAGCAGUUCAACUAGCUCAAAAUAUCCCAUUGCACAAUGGCUCGGAAGCCAAUCAUGAGUUCAGGCAAUUAUACGAACAACCAGUGGCUAAAAGUUUACCUCAAAUUGUUAAAUGUGAUGUUCUCACCUCCGAUGCAUAUUGGAGUGGGGCCACCUUAGGUGACUACUUUUCCGAUUAUGCUCGUAUGAUGACUAAUGGAUCAGCAGAAUACUGUGCUGCUGCACUGGAAGACAAUGCCUCAUUACAAGUAUUUGUAAGGAUGCAUCUGAUCAAGUUAGUUGAUUUCAGUCGGGUCAUAGUAAUGAGAACCAUUCUGAAUUUUGUUCGUCCUCCACCACUUUAUGCCCAUGAUACCGUGAAAUUCUUCACUGGAGUAUCCCAGGGAGGAAUUGAAGGUGCCACCGCCAACCUUGUUCGUGCGGGAAUGCCCAUCAUAAAUGACAUUUUAACGAACUGGUACUCUGAAUAUGAAUUGGGACUGAAAUAUUCCCCUACUAAUUAUAUUGGAGAUAUUUUCGGAACCUUAGGAGGUGAGGCUGAUUUUGGUAGGGCUGAUUUCAUCGAAGCAUAG